ACGUGGGUCCAUGAGAUGGACGGUCUACAGUGGAUCACGGUCCACCAAGUGCAGGUCUCAGCGGGAGGGGAACUAACAGGAAUGCCAGGGUUAAUGUGGCGUGUUAUCCACCAUGGGAUUUGGGUGGUCUACCUGGGCGUGGUCCAGGCAAUAAUUUCUCCAGAGAGUACAGGUAACGUCGCAUGGAGGACUCCUAUGGCCGUUGCUGCCACUUCCUGGUUUAUCUCACAGACACUCCUCUUCUCCUCCAAGAAGCUCUCACCCACCAUAAGAAUGGCUUCCAAAGCCGUACACUCCUCGUCCCAAUCUAUUACUCCUUCUUCCUCUCCUCUGAAGGUUGUGGACUCCCAUCUCCAUGUCUGGGCUUCUCCCCAAGAGGCUGCAGAGAAGUAUCCUUAUUUUCCGGGCCAGGAGCCUUCGAUCCCUGGAGACCUUGAUUUCUUGCUCAAGUGUAUGUCAGAAGCAGGAGUGGAUUGUGCUCUCAUCGUGCAGCCCAUAAAUCAUAUGUUCGACCAUUCUUUGGUAACUAGUGUUUUGAAGAGGCAGCCAUCAAAAUUCAUUGGUUGUUGUCUUGCAAAUCCCGCAGAAGAUGGAAGUGGGCUUAAGCAGCUAGAAGAUUUAGUUUUGAAGGAUGGAUAUCGUGCUGUUCGAUUCAACCCAUAUUUGUGGCCUUCUGGUCAAAAGAUGACAAAUGAUCUUGGUAAAGCAAUGUUCUCGAAAGCAGGAGAGCUUGGUAUUCCAGUUGGAAUUAUGUGUAUGAAGGGUCUUAGUUUACACAUUUCAGAAAUAGAGGAGCUAUGCACAACCUACCCUUCAACCGUUGUGUUACUUGAUCACAUGGCUUUCUGCAAACCACCAGUAAACGAUGAGGAACAAGAAACCUUCUCUGCACUGCUGAAUUUUUCCAGAUUCCCACAGGUUUACGUGAAGUUCAGUGCCCUCUUCCGCUUGUCAAGGAAACCAUAUCCAUAUGAAGAUACUGGAGAACUUCUUUCCCAAGCGAUCUCCAGCUAUGGGGCCAAUCGUGUCAUGUGGGGAAGUGAUUUCCCCUACGUGGUUCCGGAGUGCGGCUAUAAGGAGGCAAAGGAGGCUGUCUCUCUUAUUGCAAGUCAGAUGCAUGUUUCAUCAUCUGAUUUGGAGUGGAUAAUGGGCAGAACAGCAAUGCAACUCUUCCAACACUCCUAGAAAGAUCAGUAGGAAGCUUGCCUGUAAUGGACACAGUGUUUUGUUGGUUUAGGCCAAUCCUCUGGACCUCAAAUUUAAUAAGAAGCAUGUAUUGCAAUGGAGUUUGAGAAUGGUUCUUUGAUGCAA